AUGGUUGUAUCCCGCCGCCAACUUAUGGCCUCCCUCCUCCUCGCCGCAGGCGCCACCACCGCCGCGCCGCAGACCGGGAAGCUUCAGGCAGAAGCCCGAGCUGACUGUGACUGCUGGCACACCGACGGCCCUUCGUCCAACUACUUUGCCAACCACAAGAUGUUUGACUUUCGCCACCUCAUCCAGUACGCCGGUGAGCCCGCCGUCCUCGAGGACCCCGAAUCCAACCGGCGUGCCGGCCCGACGAGCGACUACUUCCGCAACUCGGACUUCGCCAGUGCCUUCAUCCCCAUGAACUGGGACAACCAGGAGAGGCUCGACAACGGCGAGGGCGACGCGACCCUGCUCAUGGUCAACUCGCCCAACAACAUCUACAUCCAGGCCAACAACGACGGCACCCCCGGCACCGAGACCUGGAUGACCAUGCGCACCGUGCGGCUGCCGGACUUCCAGGCCGCCGCCGAGCUCGAGUCCGCCUCGGCGGGCUACCAGUACGUCUCGAUGCGCAUGCGCGCGCGCACCCUGGGCCCGCCGGGCGCCGUGACCGCCAUGUUCACCUACUACGGCCCGCCGGGCGUCGAGGUCCAGGAGGCCGACGUCGAGAUCCUGACCUCGGACCCGGAGAACAAGGUGCACUACACGAACCAGCCGUCGUACGGGCCCGGCGGCGAGCGGCCCCAGGCCACGCGCAACGCCACCAUGCCCGGCGGCGCGCUGUGGACGGACUGGGCGACCUGGCGCACCGACUGGCUGCCCGGCAAGUCGACGUGGUACGUCAACGGCCAGAAGAACGAGGAGAUCUCGUUCCAGGCGCCCAAGGACCCCGCCAGCCUGCUGUUCAACGUGUGGAGCGACGGCGGCAGCUGGAGCGGCACCAUGGCCGAGUGGAACGAGGCCGUGAUGCAGAUCCAGUGGAUCGAGCUUGCGUGGGGGCUGAAGAGUCAGGGUUCGUGCAGUAGUGUGUGCAACAUCUAA